AUGGCGCACGAAGGAGGUGCUGAUUUCGAUCGCGUGAAAAAUGCGGCUCAGGAUGUGGAGGCCCAAGGGCUCAACCCGGGAUUAAUCGUUUUGCUCGUUGUUGGUGGACUAACUCUGUUGUUCCUUGUCGGGAAUUACGUGCUGUACGUUUAUGCACAAAAGACUCUUCCACCGAAGAAAAAGAAGCCCGUUUCGAAGAAGAAGAUGAAGAGAGAAAGGCUGAAGCAGGGUGUAUCUGCACCAGGAGAAUAG